GUCAGGCAAACCACCACCCGAAGCCGUCCUGCGCUCGCCCACGCUGCCACGCAGACCCCGCGCACGACCCCCGGCCUCUUGUUGCUUCGUUCCCCUCCUCCUGUUCUCCUGCUCGCACGCGCAGAUCGCCGCCUGCCGGCCUCCUGCGUCUUCUGCGGCAUCGGCAAUCAGCGGCGGCGGCAGCAGGUGCGACCCCUGCUCGUCCUCCCAGUGCGCCCUCUGCGUCUUCGGCAGCAUCGGCAAGUAGCCGCGCUGGCGGCCAUGGUUCCAGCCUUCUCUUACUAGCAACGGCGGCAUGGAAGCGCGCCCAGCUGCUGCGGCCCUGGUCAUCCUCCCAGUGCCUCCUCCCACCCCUUCGUCUUCUGCGGCAACGGCAGCAGCUGCGGCCCCCUGCUCAUCCUCCCAGCGCCCCAACCCUUGCGUCUUCUGCAGCAGGCCAUGGAGGCACUCUCGCAGCUGCAACCUCCCGUCAAAAUUAAAACUGGACACAACUCCCUCCCUGCUAGCGGUGGCCAUGGCCGAAAGCCUUGUGGCCUCCUAUUAGAGCACCGAAACAGAGAACCGUGUAGCGCGGAGCAUGCGCAUGUUAUCAUGGAUGGCAUGGCGGCGGCGGUGUAGUAUCAGAGCGUAAAAUUGAUUGAGGUCAUGAGGUGGAUUGUAGAGAGGUUGGAUGGAGCACUGCUGUUCCAUGAAAGUACAUCAAGACUCGAUGACGGUGGAGAUCCACAGUUGGCGGCGAUACAGGAAAGCUUGGGGAAGAAACGAGUUCUGGCUUUGGAAGAUGAAGCCUGUUCUCCGUUGAUCUUUAUUGGAGCGUGCAUCCACUGCUUGGUUUGUCCCCUUGUUAAUUUAAUUCAUACAAACAGGCCGCACAUCCAUCUCUUCUGCUGACUAAUAAGUAGAUUCCAUCUCUCUUUGUGCAAGUAUAUAUGCAAGCUAGAUGAGUAAAUUGAAGUGACUAGAAAUGACAAGCAGUAUGCUUGAUCAGUAUAGUUUGUCAACUUGAGCUUGAUGAGUAAUUUCUAAGGAAUUGAAGAGUUCAAAUGUGUCAACUAAUGUUUUAUAAUGCCUUAUUUCAUGAUAACUAUGAAAUCCAUAAUUUAAGGUGAUGUUGGCAAUAAUAUGAUGAGAUGGCCUAUGAUAAUUAACUCUGUCUCAAAGAAAAAGAACAUCUUGGACCUCUUUCCUUUAGCCUUUUUUCUUCAUUAUUUGACCAAUUUGAGCCGAACUGAAAUAAAUUUGUGCUUAAAAUCGUGAUUUGAUAAAGUUUGUUCUAAGCUACUAAGAGAUACACUACCAUUUUUAUGAUUAUUUCUUAAAAUUAUAAUCAGCUCGUCUACAUGUAAAUUGAAUCUCAUUUUUGUAUUACUUGAUGUAGGUCAUAAGUCAAGUUAUGACAUAAGUUUUGGAUCAUAUUUGUUGGACGAGGGGCAUGAAAGAAUUUUUUUCUCCUAUUGCAACGCACGGGCAUAUUUGCUAGUACAUAUAAUUUAGGGUUUAUGCCAUCUACAGUGUUAAGAUUUAAGAUAAGACUUCCAUCUUCUCCAGAGAGCGAACUGAUCAGCCAGCAGAUUUGUUGAGAGAUUAGGAUACUGAAAAGUAAAACUCUACUCCACGGCCGACCGGGCAAAAAGUUGGUUUGGAGUAGUGUUCAGGAAAGGAAUACAUUCUCCAACAAAGCUUCCUUGUACGUUGGACCCCCUCCUGCUUUUUGUCAAAUACUUGGAGCGCCUAAUUGAGUAAUCCACAGGCUUUAUUAUAUAGAAGAAAUCACCUGUGUCUCUCACUCACUGCUUGGCCUUGGCAUCCGCGUGUGUUUGUGGGAGAGAGAUGGGUGUCACGGGUGCUGUGCACUGGUGGGAGGAGUCGCAGAUGCGUGUGCUCGUUCUCGGCAGCCUGGUCGUCCAAUUCCUUCUCCUAAUCUUUUCCAUGGUGCGUAGGUUGCCCAUUCCAGGGUGGACCAGAUCCGUAAUGUGGCUGGCAUACCUCGGCGGCGAUGCGCUGGCGAUAUACGCCCUCGCCACGCUCUUUAAUCGCCACCACAAGGAUCAAGAUCGUGGAGGCAGCAACAGGACUCUGCUGGAGGUGGUCUGGGCGCCCGUCCUCCUGCUGCACCUCGGCGGACAUGAUGGCAUCACCGCCUUCAACAUCGAAGACAACGAGCUAUGGAGCCGGCACCUGCUCACGGUGGUGUCUCAGGUCACGGUGGCCGUCUACGUGUUCUUCAAAUCAUGGCCGGACGGCGACAAGAGGCUGCGGCAGGCAGCAAUCGUGCUGUUCGUCCCUGGGGUUCUCAAAUGCUUCACGAAGCCAUGGGCUCUCAAGAAUGCGAGCAUUAAUAGCCUCGUCGGCUCAUCUGCUGCUGAGAGGACCGCAAAACAAGAGGAAGGCCAGAUGUGUCGUCCGCUCGAGGAGUACGUGAAACAAGCAAAGGCUUUUGCCAGAGGACAAAGGGAGGAUGAAGAUCGGAUGCAGCAAGAAGCAAGGGCUUCUGUUCAGGAAGGCGAUCAUUCUCCAUCACAAAGGAGAAGGGAUGCGCUGCACGGUGACGUGGAUCUGCUCGAGGAAUACGUGAUGAAAGGAGCAAGGGCUCCUGUGGAGAACGGUGAUCAUCCUCCAUCGCAACAAGCCGCCGAGAUCAAUACCUUCCAAGACCGCCAAAAUCUAACGAAAAGAGAAAUGAUACUGCAUAGUGAGGCCUAUAAGCUAUUUGUAGAUCUUUCAUCUCCGUACCCUUAUCGGCUUAGUAUCCUCAAAUAUUUCUGGGUGCUUAGCGAAGAGAAAGCAGAGCAAGCACAUCGCUCCGUGCGAAAAGGGAUUGCUAGCGCCUUCCUCCUCCUUUACACCAAGCUAAAGACUGCAACCAUUCCAAGCUUAGCUGAGAUUGAGAUGGGGAGUGAGCAACCCAAGUGGCGCGACUGGAUAGUGUUUGCACGUUUUUAUCUGCCGUGGGCAGCCAUCGGGCUCUUCCACAAGAGUCACAGAGAAGCUUAUAAUGAUACUGAUGUCAAGAUCACAUAUGCCCUAUUCUGUUGUACUGCUCUGCUAGAAGCUUAUUCCAUAGCUUCAGUUACGGAAAUAAAGAGCCUAAAGUUGCCUGACUACUUUAAAUCAAUCCCGCGCGGCCUCUUCAACAGGGAACAGUGGCCAGAGAUGGUUGCUCAAUAUAGCCUCGUAGGAUACUUUGCCCGCAACAGAAAGCAUAGCAGGAUGAUGAGGAUUGUAAGUUUCUUUGGAUGCAAGGAUUUCGUCGACCAACGCUGGUGCAUGAGGUCCUACUCCUCGUCCAGGAGAAUUACAAAGUUGGUUCUUCAAUAUCUGAAAGAUGGAUGGAAGAAAAAAAUACAAGACGCUGCCAGUUACCGUAGUUUCAACGACAACAGGGGCCACUGGGCGCUUGAGGGCAAUCAAGACCUGGGUUGGAGCAUAAAGGGACCAUUCGAUGAGAGUGUCCUCCUCUGGCACAUAGCCACAGAUUUCUGCUGCUUCUUGAGAUCAUUUCCAGACCAUAGAUGUGCCUAUGCUAAGAUUCCAUCAAUAUGGCUGUACUUGGUUUCGGAGAGGAUAUGGAAGAGGAUAUGGAAGUGGAAUACCCAUCUAGAUCAGGGAACUAGGUCUACAUGUGGAGAAUUGACAGCCUGCAAAGCCGUCCUAUGCAGGCAGAUGUCCAACUAUAUGAUGUACCUACUGUUUGUUAAUCCUGAGAUGCUAUUGCCUGGGACCAGGCGGAACCUCUUCACAACCGCCUAUGACGAGCUCAAGGUUAUCCUCAGGGACAACGAGCCUGCAAUUGUGAAAGAGGAAGGGCUUAUGCAGAGAGUAAUCAGUACCAUGCAGGACAGGUCAAAGAAAGCUUCUGAAGAGGAGUUGGAAACAAGUUUUGAAGAAAAAUCAAAAGGAGGUUCUAAAGGAAGUUUCAUCGAGGACGCGUGGGCUCUUGCCCAAGGGUUAUUGGACUUGGGCGACGACAAGAUGUGGGAAGUGAUUCAGGGCGUCUGGGUGGAGAUGCUCUGUUUCUCCGCCAGCAGAUGCAGAGGCUACCUGCACGCCAAGGCUUUGAGCUCGGGCGGGGAGUUCCUCUCCUAUGUCUGGCUCCUAAUGUCAUACAUGGGGAUGGAGACCUUCACGGAGAGGCUGCAGAGGGAGGAGCUUCCAAGCCGCAGGGAAGGGAACAGCAGCGCCGUUCCAUCGGCUUCUGAAGCCCGCAAUAGCACGGCUUCAUCCACUUCCGUGAUCCACGCUCCAUCAACUUCUCAGGUUCACACCAGCGCGUCUCCAUCCACGGACGAGAUUCGCAUCGACAUGUCUUGACAGGUAUCGCUCGUGGAGGCUAUUUCAACCUGUUUGUAAUUCUUUUUUUCUGCUGCUUUCCCUUAGAAGACUGUUUGCUUAUUGUUGUGGACGCUUGCUUGUUGGCAUGCUUCUCCCUAGUCCUAUUGUUCUUGCUGCUCAUCACACUGGAAGCUAUGUAAUGGUGUUUGUUUCUUGUUAUAAAUAAUGCCUUCCAGUGUUCCAUCCGUGUAAUGCUGCUACUUUUUACCCUCCGUUUUCCGGAGUCAGUGUAAUAUUGAACUUUGAAUGGUUGAUUGCC